AUGUUUUCUCUAAAUACUACGGCGACCCUGCGCAACGUGACACAUCUCCCACGCUCAAUAAGCUAUGCACAAGCUGUGGAACAGCUUCAUAACCAUGAAUUGCUCAUUCGCCUCGACCCCGAAUAUGUGUCGCACGAGACCCUGCCGUCAGACCCGGCUACACCGGAGGCCAAGAUAUAUAAGAUAACAGACCAUAUGAAUGCGCUUCCAGCUGGGCUGUGGGAUACAAAAGUGACAUUUGAAGCACAUAUGACGGACCUGGAGGAUGGAAUACUAUGGCUCAUCAAGGCGCCAUUGGGACUGACGCAGAAGACUACAUGGAGGUGCUUGAGGACGGAGAGUUUAGGACAAGGGGACAAAGGAGCCAGUGAGGAAGAGGGAGAGUGGAGCCUAGUUGAGGAUGUGGAGAUCAAGGCGAACCGGAUGCUGGUGAACACGGUCAAAGGGAAAUGCGAGGAUAAUUGGCGAGGCACACAUGGCAGGUUUUUGGCGCAGUUGAAGGAGAAGGUCGGUGCAGCGUAG